GCGUAACAAAAACAAACUUGCCCCCUUCGUUCGUCGACUUCAGGCACUAUGCAACCAGGGUGAGGAUCGCCUCCGAGUCGGUUCAUCAUCGUAUCAAGGCUUUCUUCCGUGUGUCACAAGAACUCAUGAAACUUAGCUGCAACAGGCGCAAUGGCGGUCUACGUCCUAGACAAGUACAACCUCGCCUUCACUUUCCUUAUCUCGCUCGGCUGGCAGGCGCUCGGCUUCGCCAUCGCCUUCGGCCUGCAGAUCGACACCAUCACCGAUUUCUGGUCCGCAGUCAAUUUCUUUGCGCUCGCGCUCAUAACGCUUUGUCUUGGUGGCCAGUAUGAUGGUCGCAACAUCGCUGCGAGCACGCUCGUCAUGAUCUGGGCCGUCCGUUUGGGCGCAUGGCAGCUGUUCAGGAUGCUAAAAAUGGGCGGAGACAAGCGGUUCGACGAGAUGCGUAGCAAGCCUCUGAGCCUUGCCGGCUUCUGGAGCCUCCAGCUGCUCUGGGUCUGGGUCGUCUCGUUGCCCGCCAUCCUGCUCAACUCGCCCGCGACGAACAUCCCUUCGCGCGGCGGCAUUCACCUCUCGUUUGGCACGGACAAGGACAUCGCCGGCGUCAUCCUUUGCGGCCUCGGUGUACUGAUCGAGGCCACAGCCGACUUGCAAAAAUACCGUUUCAAGUGUGUCACCAAGGCGCUCAAGGGCGCCAUCAUCGACCUGGGCUUGUGGGGCUGGUCGCGUCGUCCGAACUACUUUGGCGAAAUCCUUUUCUGGUGGGGGAUGUACAUUCUCUGCCUAAGCCCAGCCAUCGACCAGCGCGACAGCACGACCAGUGCGAGCAUCUCGCAUGGCGGGCGCGCGGCGCUCAUAGCAUCUGUCUUCUCUCCGCUUUUCACCAUGGUGCUCCUCCUUUUCAUAUCUGGCGUGCCACUUGCAGAAAAGCCGACACAGGAAAAGUAUUUCCUCAUGUCGCAUGGACCUGACAGCGACGACGGGCACAACGACCUCGAGCCUUUCGGCAAGUGGCAGAGGGAAUGCGACCCGUGGGCACGCAUGCGCGCACACCGAGAACGGACUAGCCUUCUCCUACCCCUACCCCCGGCGCUCUACUGGCCGCUACCGCGAUUCGUCAAGACGUGGGUGUUGCUAGAUCUACCAAUGUACCGUUUCGAUGAGGCCAAGGAUGGGACGAAAGCAAUCCAAGCUGCGGAGCGUAAGAAACGUGCCGAGAACAACGCCUGAACGCCUCGGGUUGGAAUUCUUUACCUUUGGCUGCAUGUGCCAUCAAGCGUCCACUUGUUCUGUAGAAUAGCUCAUUCUUCCUG